AUUGGCAGUUGGAUUAAUGUAAGUGAUGGAUUUUAUGCAUUUUCUUAAGUAAUUUUGAAUGGAUAGUAUAAAUACGGGAAGAAAAUUGGUAGAUGGAAUAUUCUGUAUAACAAUACUUAUAUGUAAUCUAACAGUUAUAUAAUUUAAGUGGUGGGGGAUUAUAUGAUGAAGAGGGACGAGAAAAUAAAAUUGGAAAUUGGAUUGAGAUCAAUGACGAUUUUUCUGAUUGGUCUUAAGUAAAUUUUAAAGGGAUGUAUAAAAAUGGUGUAAAAGUUGGUUAAUGGGAUAUUUGGUCAAAGGAUGCCAAUACUGAAUUAAUAUAGAUGUAAAAAUGAGAAAUCAAUUUAAUCUUUAGAGGAGGUGGAACAUAUGAUGAAGAAAGUAAAGGACUUAAAGUUGGGAAUUGGACUGAAAUCACUGAUGGAUUUAAACAUAUUACAUAAGUGACGUAUAAUGGAGUAUAUAAAAACGGUAUAAAAGUUGGAAAAUGGGAAAUUUGGGGUAGGAAGGAUUUUGAGCAUCAAAAAAUAGAAAUGAUGUAAAAUAUACCAACUAUAUUUAAAUUAAAAGUGGUGGUGGAGAUUAUGAUGAAAAUGGCUUAGGAGUGAAAAAAGGGAAGUGGAUUGAAAUAUGCGAUGGAUUUAUCUAUUCUGAAAACAUAGCUUAUAUAGGAAUAUAUGAAAAUGGGAAAAAAAUUGGUAUUUGGGUGGAAGUAGACGUUGAUACUUAAGAAGAGCUUAAUAAAAUUAAUUAUGAUUAGUGA